UUUACUAUUACUAGUCACACCCUAUUUUGUUAUUGAUGUAUGUUAAAGUUAUUUUCGUAAUUAACAGUAUAUAUCGUUGUAAUUAAAUUUCUUACAUAAACCAUUUAAGUUAAUCGAACUCUAUUGUUUAUAAUUCGAUUUUCUGUAACAAAAUGAUCGCUUAGUUAAUAAGACAGUUUUAGGUUAUGGAUAUUAUCUUCUUGAAAGCAGGCUAAAUUUCAAAAUUUUGUACUUAUUCUGCUAUCAAGAGUGAAUUUUUCAAUUAAAUACAUUUCUGUGGCGUUUUUUUUUUUUUUUAACGAGAUUCGAAGCAUUUUAUGUUCAUAUUUAUUUUAAAGUUAUGAACCAAGUUUAGGCUGAGGCUAACUGACUGCUCUACAGUUGGUAAAUAAAGAGUGGUCUUCUUAAAUGGGAAAUUUAAAAAUUUGCAAUGAGAACUAAAAGUUAUCUUCUAGGAUUUACAUGUAUUGUUGCAACAAGUAUACUUUUAAUUAUAUUUGGAGAUCAAAGACCUGUACAAAACAUCUUGACAGAAACUCACAAGCAGCUUAAGAAUAAUUUACAAACUUUUAAAGACAAUCUGAAAGAGGCAGAAGAGAAGCGCUGGACAGCCGACGAGAAGUAUUUGAAAGCUCUCGGGUUCACGACAAGUCCUCGGCUGUAUCCUGCAGCAGUGUGGACCAACACUUCUCUCCCUAUCGUGGUGUCGUACCUGUUAGACGGAGAUGCCGAGCUGGGCGUAGGUCUGGCCCGGAACAUUGCUCACCAUCUGCCCAACAAUACCUUGCUUCUUUAUAACCUUGGGCUGGGGCGAUAUGAUUUACAGCUUAUACUGACCUACUGCAACACUAGCCGCUGCGCUGUGGUGGAUUUUUACCUGAGUGACUUUCCUUCCCAUGUCAGCGACCACAAGAUUCAUGCCUUUCGACCAAUCAUCAUUCAGGACGCAUUGAACCAUGCUGGAGCUGUUCUCUUUAUGGAGAACAAUUUGCGGCUCACAACCGGAAAUAUUCAGCCACUUGUAGACAAGGCCAAGGGAUCGGCGGAUCAGGCAGGCAGUGGCAUCAUCUGCUGGGCUACGAGACAAGCCGUCACCUUACUCACUCAUCCUGCCAUGUUCCACUACUUCCACACAACCGACGAAGGGUUCAAGUUCCUACCCAUGGUGGAGGCCAGCCGGCUGCUCAUAUUCAACACGCCCGAGGUGCACACAGACAUUAUGUUGCCUUGGAUACAAUGCUCUCUCACUCAUGAUUGUAUCCUGCCCAUUGGUGCCCAAUCCAACGGGUGCAGGUUUGACAAGAAACCUCAAUACAGGUACUCAGGGUGUCACAGUCAUGACUCCUCAGCCCUCAACAUCGUGUUGGGACUCAAGUUCGAGUUUGACGAUACCUGUUACGCCACGCAGACUCAGGACACCUACUUCCACUCGGUGACGGCCAGUCGCGCAGCGGAGGAGUUGGCAAGACUGCAGGAGAACGUCACUGACGCCACCACUGACAGCUGAGAGUAGCCUGCUUGAUCGCCUCCACGGAGAAUCGGAGGGUGAGGUCACAAUGGACUGUCAGAGUAUAACGUUCCUCUGCUUUAAAUUUGUUAAGUGUGACAAAACGUAUAAUGUCAACUAGCCACAAAGUGGGUUUAACUAGGCUAGUGAAAUUACUUCCGAUAUUUUUUGUUAACGAAGAGAAGGGAUUUUUAUAGUGCUUUUUUAUAGUAAUGACCUAUUUUCUAGUGUGUAACUACAAUUAUCUAAUAAAAAUGCAACCAAAGGUAAACUAAACUCAUUUAUCGUAUUCUGUGACAUACAAAAUGUUCCAAUGCUGUUGGGUCUAAAUCAAUAACCUAAAAUAUUUCUGGUUCUUUCAAAUGAUCUAUUAUAUUCGCAAACAAUGUUAAUACCAAAUUUCGACCAACCAUAUGAUCGGUAAUUUCUUAUAUAUUUAUUAUAAUAAGUAUAUAUUAUUAUUAUGAAAGUAUGCUCUGGCAUUAAUAAAGCUACAGUUUUAAGACAAAAUAACUGUUGUAAUGAAUUUAAAAAUAUUCUGAUGGUUGUUGUAUUUUCUUUUUAAGAAACUAUGUAUUAGUGAGAUUUGUAAAGUUUAUUUAUGUGUGUCAUGUAUUGUCAAAUCAUUUUAUGAAAGGAAACAUGUAAUCUCUUGAAUUUGUUCAUUUAUGAAUGAGUGAUACAUUCAGUUAUCGUUGAAAUAUGUCAUUGUUAUUAUUCCAUUGAGGACUUACAAUAAUAACCAAAGACCAAUAGUAUUAAGCUAUUACUUGAAAGACUUAAUGAUUAAUAUCAAAUUAAAAGCCCCCAUUCCUAUUUCGAACAUGUUGAGUCGUAUUUAAUGUUUCAUUUUCAUGAAUUAAUGAUGGAUAAGUUAAUGAAACGUUAAAAUGUUGUGGUAUACUUCAUUUGUGUAUUAGUCUAAUUGUAAUAGAAGCUUAAGUAUUUUCUUAACUUGAAAUAAUUAUAUUUAUAAAAAAUAAUGUUACACUGUUACAUUUAAGAGUGGUGUUUUGUUAUAGAACUGUAGCAUCUCCCCUCCUUAUCUUUACAAUAUUCAUUUUCUCGAGUAUGUUAUUGUUUGUAAUACGUUUAUUAUUAUGUUUGUGUUCACGUCCAAUUCUCGUGAAGCGUUAAUGAUUAAUUAUAAUGUUGGAUGAAAUACUCUCUACUUGAUAGACUGUAUUACGAGAAUAAACAAAAAUAUUAAAAACGGAAACUUGCACUUGCUUGUAAGACCAAUGUUAGGGCAAAAACGGUACAUUAAUGACACUACGGCUGUUAGACCUGGUUUUAUUUCGCAGUUUGUAAUUUAAUUAGCACUUUAAACUGUACCAAACACUGUUGUACCUUAAUUGCUCUCAUGUACAGUAUUUCACCCAACAUAAAAAUUAAAAAAGAAUGUUUUGCUCUCUACGGUCUAUUUUGACUUUGUAGAAUAAUCAUAGUAUAAAUAUAAUGAGACAGAUUAGUUUUGUAUUCUCUUUCACCAAACACAAGCGAGGAAAAUAUUUGGUCUUGGGCUGUAUUGCGGAGAUAAAUCAGUCUCUUUCUUAAUGGCCGUAACUUUCUUUUAUUUGAGCAUUCGCUGUAGGCUCAUCGCAGAAGGUAUGAUAAAUUCGAGUAAUGUUAUUUAAACAAUCAACAUUAAAGAAAUGGUAGUUGUUGCGGUUUUAUAGAUGGCAGGUUUUAGUUAAGCAGAUUAUUUAUAAUCGUAAAACAGGCGUGUAAAGACGAACCAGGGCAAUAAUCCGUUUAUCUGUUAGUGGUAAAAGAAUCACCCCCCUAAUUUUGUAUGGGAAUAAUACAAUUAUUUCUAAAAAAAAAUUCUAAAAUAAUCUCUGAUUUUUUAAAUUUUGAUGUCAUACUAUUUUGGCUGUAUUCUAAAAAUGUUAAUGUCUUUACAGUUAAUUACGAAAUUGAAAAUGUGUUAGAAUGGUGCUGAAAAUAGAUUUCUUCUAAUAUGAGAAUUAUUGGAGCAUUAAAAUUACGAUAACUUCAAAUAAAACAGUUGUUUGGUUUGCCAAAAUAUACAACAUUUUUUAAAUACAAUCAUUAGAAUUUUUCAAAUUUUGGGCUUGGAGCCCAAGAAGAGCUUUUUGUGCUUAUUAUCUUAAAAUAUCUAGAAAUAGCUAUUAUCUUAAUAGAAACGCUUUUAUCUUCAGUCAAUAUGUGUAAUAAGUAAAAUACUACAUUUCAGUUUUUCUUCUGCCAUUUUAAGAUAGAAAAAAGUCAUUCAGUUUUUCGUUAUGUUUUUCUUAUAAAUAAGUUUAAAACAAUAACAUUACAAAUAUUCUUAUUUCAGAAUUGAACCCGAAACUUCCAGAUUUUGGCACAGUCUGUACUUAACAUGGUUGAAAAUAUUUUUUAAAUUUUCAAAGGGUGGCUUUGUGGGGAAAUUGUUUGGUUCAGUAUUGUAGAAUAAUCUGUUCUCUUACAGUUGAUUUCAGGCACCCAUAUAUCGUUAUUUUUAUUAAUGUAGUAAUUGGUACUUGAAUAUUUAUAUGCAUACAAUUUAUGAAUAGCAUUACUUUAAUAGUAUAUACUUAAACACCGAGUGAGCAUGGAAUUUAAUCUUAGUCUAAAAUCUGUACAAUUUAUUUUCAUACUCCUCACACCGAGAGUUAUAGUUAUCUCUGUCCCUGUUAAUUAAAAUUAUUACAGUAACACACAAAAACUGCAACAUCUUUAUACUUUGUAACAUGUUCUUUAUCCAACUAUAACAAUUCUAUUGACACCAACAAAGCAAUCUGUGUUUAGUGCUUCUCUAUGUCUUCUGCUAUCUUGCUUUUUAUUUGGUCUUCCUCUAAUCUUCUUCCAUAAUUAAUAGUGAUUUAAUAAAGCAUUAUACAAAAGCAUGUCCAAUUUAAAAGUGAGUAACGCUCAGUAAAGUGUGUGAAGAAAGAUGUAUGACUAUCUUUUCAUAAUAGUGAUAGAAAAUUUUAGGAUUAAUAAGAAAUGUAUUUACGCUAAAUGAAUUCCACAAUUGUACAGUAGGGCUGGACAUGUAUUUUGAAUGUUGGAACAGAAAUUUGAUCCUGAAAGUGUGGAAAAUCAAAGUCAAACAGGUGUUGUAAACAUUUUGUAGUACGAGAUUCAAUCGAGUGUAAACUUUCAGGAGAGUUGGAGGAAUAGAGCAAGAUACAGAUCUGUCAUUGUAUUACUUUUGUUCUUUCCUUCUAUGGAACAAAUGUUGUAUUUUUUCUUAAUCAGAGGGAAUAAGUAACUGGACUGUUCCUAACACUGAAAUUACAGGUCUUUAUGGCCUCCAAAGAGAUGAAAUGUAAGGAUUUUUAAAUCACAAAAUGGAACUUCAAUUGUAAUAAAUUCAAGAAAAAAGCCUCCACCCAACUGUGGAUGACUAGGACAUAAGUCCUUUUCUCGUCUCAAUCUCAAGACCACAGCAGGAUUGAGAUGUGCCUCCUAGACCGUGCAUAUAACACUUACGCUGUUUUCAAAUUUGUUAAAUUGUACAAGACAGGUAUUAAUAAGCCUGAGAUAAUCCCUUCUGGAGCAUUGCCAGCCACUCUAGUAUUCUGAGAUUACAACAGUUGUCCAUUUUUUAUGAGCAAGGUUUUAAAAAACUGAGCAGCCAUUUGAAAAAUUAAAGAUGGUCUUUUUCUUCUUUUUUGUUUCUCAGCUUCUUGUUCUAAGUGAACAAAAAAUUCUUUAUUUGAAAAAAAUAGAAACAAAAAAGAAAAUGAAGACCAUUACAUUUUCAUUUCGAAUAUCUCAUUACACUUAGUCCUUAAAGAACCUUUACACUUGCCCAGCCCUAUUAUUAAUUCAUACUUUUAGUUAAACUAUAACUUAUAGUUAUAAUGAAUUUCAUUUGUAAGGAAAUGGAAGAUUUGUUUGAAUAGUGAUUGAUUUAAGUUACCGUAAUAUAUUUGGACUGGACGGAUAAUUAGCUUUUUAGAUUUUAGCUUAUAGAUGUUUCCUCGAAGUAAGGAAAUUAUUUUUCAGCAAUAUUUUGUACAUAAUAGGUUAUCAUUAUUGUCUGAAGAUGUUUUUGUUUCAUUUCGCUUAUAAUGGUUAUAAACUCUGGUUGUUGUUUGUAUUUGAAAGUACAAAAGUAAUCGAGAUCUGGUUUGUGUUUUCCAUUACCAGCAAUUUUAUUUAUCAGAGUUUCCAAUUUAGUUAACGUACAUUUCAGACGAAGUGUUACUUUUUAAGUAAUUGAGGAGUGUCGGAUGAAUUGGUUUCUAGGAACCUAAUGGUUGGUACAGUAAACGUUGUUUUUAAACCGGUAGAUAGACUUGUAUCCAGAAUCGACAAUACAUAUUGUCCAACUCUUCUUGUAUAGUUUAGCUAGGAUAGCUUUUUGUGUGAAACAUCAACAAUGGAAUGGCUUGUUGGUGCUGGUAGGGCCUGUGAUUUAGAAGAAAUCGUGUUAUUGAAAACCCUAACUUCGGCAGGGCUGUAGUUUAAAUAGCAUGGUUGGAUGUGGGGAGACUAUAGCAUCAAAAAAGAACCCUGGUCACUGUUGGAAAAAACGGGGAAAAAUCCACUGUACAUAGACUUCCUCAAAUUCAGAUGAAGCACGUACUUUUACCAGUUGGGGAUUGAAUUUCCUAUCAGAUGCCUAUUCAGAGGUAGACCUAGUAUGUGUCUAUAGGUACUGUGGCAUAUCCAGGCUUAUUAUCUCUCUCAAUCACUCUGUUUAUGGGAUAUCGUGAUGAGUAGAUACCUCUGUUCAGGUCGGCUCACUAGAAUCUUUACUAUAGUCUGCUUUCCAAGUGCUGCAUCGCCAAGUUGGCAAGACUGUAAGAGGAAUGAAGGGGCGAUCACAUUUUUAGCACUGUCAUUCGACAUGACGCUUCAUUAACCAUUAACAGAGAGGGCGGUUGUUUUUCUUGAGAGCUUGCGGAUAUCGGAUAAGACCGAAAAUGUACACAAGGUGGUUGUGGCGCAGCUGUAGUGUUGGGCCUCGGAACAGAACUAUCCCACGAACUUCAGCACCCCUCGUCAGUACUCUUUAUACUAUUGUUUACAUACCGAUAACGUCUGACAUUAAAACAUUAUAUGGAGGUUCAAAUAUAAUUUGAAGUUAUUUGAAAAGUGACAAUAGGUUUUGUGAUACAUCUUUCAAAUUUAUACUACAUAUCCUGCAUAAAAACUAUAAAGUUAGACUACGGUAAUAUAUUUAAUGGCCUUCAUUGAUUGUCGCCGCACUCCUCAGUUACAUUUUAUUAUCCUUGUGUUAUUUCCAUGACAUUGAGUAUUAAAUUGUUAAUAUUAUAUGUUAUUUUAAUAUCCAUUACUAGGUAUAUAAAUGUAAUUGCACUAACGCCACUAGUAUGGAUAUUCCAAUGGUACUUACACAAUUAUCUUUUAGCGCUUACCGUGGAAAAUAGUGAUACAUUCCUUAAUUGUGAACUCCUGUUGCAUAUUACUUUUGUUAUAGCCAUAAACUUACGUUAUUCUUUAUGAAACUUUUAUAAAGAUUUUGGUUCAGAUUAAGCUUAACUCUAUUUUAUUUUAUAUCAUUGUAAAAGCAAAUUUAUUUUUUAUGGUAAUUUUUACUAGACAUAAAAAUUUAGGUAUAUUGAGGAUCUUUUCAAGGAAGAAGUAUUUGACAUUUUAAUUUCCUACAAUUAGUAAUUAUAUAAGUGUUUUAUUAGUUGUAUCGAUAUUUACCUGUCUGUUAGAUACAAAAUAACUUUUAGUUGGGGUUUAGAUCUUAUGGACUGGUCACAAUACUUCAUUUCAAGAUAAUUUAGUUGGUAAAAUGAAUAAGAAAUUUAGUUUUGAAUAAUUAAUCACAUUAUUUGUUUUAGAACCAAAGGGCAAAUUCAAAAGGUUAACCGAGUUUGUAAAAAUAAUGUGUAAGAACAAGACAAUAUAGUAGGGUUUCAGCCAUUUGCCAUCAUUAUAUGUUACAAAAAAUAUAACACUAUGGUUCGAGGAUUGAAAUCUACCCUCUUCUUUAGGUGUUAAAACUGCGGUAAUGGAUUAAAAAAUCACUCAAAAAUAUAACGAUGGCAAUGUCUGAAUCCUCAUCGUUCAAUUCAUCCAUCACCAAUAACAAACGUUAAACAAAGAAUUGAGACAUUUAUUUUUGAAAUGAAAAUACUUUAAAUUUGUUUUCACGUGUUCUUUAAGUAGCACAAUUUUUCUUUAAACUCAUAAAGAAAUGUUCAAUUGAAAUAGGACAAUUUCAUAUGCACUUUCUUUUACAUUGGCACAUGCUUUUUAAUAACUUGUUUUCAGACUAUAUGUAUUAGUAAUGCUAAAAAAGAGUUGGAGUUUUUUUUAAGAAUAUUUCCAAUAAAUAUUAAACUAUAAAUUGUGAAAUAAAAAGGAUGAGCAACUUGCAUUUAUAGUCUCAUGUCCUCAGAAAUAGGUAUGAUCUUGCAUGUUAACAUGUUAGGUGAUGGGUAUCUAUUUCCAUUACGUUGUGUAAAAUUAGAAUUGAAUUCACAAAAUUAUAAUCCUUUUGUUUUAGGACAAACAUUAUUCGAUGUAAACGCCCGAAUUGUACAUUGAAAAACGCCAGUCUCUUCCAAAUGGAUUCAUUUAAAAAUGUUCUUCUUAGAAACAGUUUCAAAAACAACUGUAAAUACAAAUUUCUACAUUUUUUAAUUGUUAAAAUAUUUUUUUAUAUAUAUUUAACUUGACUUGGUUAGUUUGUAAUGUGUGAAUGAUCUAAUCGUAAAAUGAAAUAUCCAUUUACUGCCAUUUUAAUAAAUACAGUGUCUAAUUUUUUUCACAAAUAAGUCAUUUUUAUUUGAAAUGAAUCUUAAACAUAUAAUUUCUUUGUAGUUUUGUACACCCUAUCGUGUAGUUUUACCAAAAAACAAACACGUGCUUCAACUAUGAUUUGUAACACCUAUGACAAAAAUAACCACAGUCCUGUUAUCUGAUAUCAAUAAUUAAGGUUUAGAAGGGAAUUCAUAGAGUUGUUAAGCAUAUAUGUUACUAUUGAAGUAGUAAUAAAUACUUCAGUAUAGUAUCAAUAAUAUCAAACUAUUUUUUCCUUGGUGUUUUUUUGUCCCUAGAUCUGCAAUAUUUUUCUAAGAAUCUGUAAUUUGUAUUCUACCUUAUAUAUUUUUAAUAGUAUAUUCUAAUGUGUAUAGAUUUUAAUCAGGUAUUUGUGAUCUUAAAUUAAUUAUAUUGUUAUGAUUUCAGGAAUAAAAUUUAAAAAUUAUAAUCAGUGUGUUGUUUCCAGGAAUUUUGCUUGUUAAUUUCUUCUUGUUAUACACAACCACACUUUGGUGAUUUAUUUUCUUAUUUAAUGUGUAGAUUAGUUUUUGUAUAAUUGUCAGCUUCUUACUAAUUUGUACUCUAAACCUAGCAAUAACACUGAUGACACACUGCAUUAGUUUAUUUUUCUACAUUCUUUUAGAUGUGGUCACAUUAAUUACUUAUGAUAUUGAAAUUGUGAUAUUAAUGUACAUAAUUGUUUCGGCACAGCUUGUACAUUCUUUUGUCGUACAUUAAAUUCUGUAACAAUUA